AGUAUCUCCACCGCACGAGCUCUUGGGCUUCUAUCAUCUCCUUGCUUCGAUUUCUCUGCAAAAUCCACCUUAUUUUAAUCUGUGCUUACAACUUUGUCCGUUAUUUAAUCGAGUUUCCUAUUCUGAUUUUGAUAUCUCUGACGAUGAAGAGAGGUCUGUGAGUGUGAGCUAGGGUUUAGUGUGUUUUCUGAUUUCUUGAGGGAAGCUGUAAAGAUGGCGGCGGAGCUUGUGUGUUGCGAGGCGAACUUCUUCAUACACAUAGCUGUGAUAGCGUUUCUCGUCUUGUUCGCUGGGCUCAUGUCUGGUUUGACAUUGGGUCUUAUGUCCUUGAGUCUCGUUGAUCUCGAGGUUCUCGCUAAAUCCGGUACUCCCCAGCAUCGCAAAUACGCUGAAAAGAUAUUACCAGUGGUGAAGAAUCAGCAUCUGUUGCUUGUCACUCUACUUGUAUGCAAUGCAGCUGCUAUGGAGACGCUUCCUAUUUUUCUUGAUGCUCUUGUCACGGCAUGGGGUGCCAUUUUGAUCUCAGUUACAUUGAUUCUUCUCUUUGGUGAGAUUAUACCUCAGUCAAUUUGUUCACGUUAUGGUUUGGCCAUUGGUGCAACAGUGGCUCCGUUCGUCCGUGUCCUAGUCUUUGUCUGCUUACCUGUUGCGUGGCCGAUUAGCAAGCUGCUGGACUUUCUUUUGGGUCAUCGUCGUGCAGCGCUUUUUCGAAGAGCUGAGCUGAAAACACUUGUGGAUUUUCAUGGAAAUGAGGCUGGAAAGGGCGGAGAGCUGACUCAUGACGAAACCACAAUCAUUGCAGGAGCUCUUGAACUCUCUGAGAAAAUGGUCAAGGAUGCAAUGACACCAAUCUCUGAUAUAUUUGUGAUUGAUAUCAAUGCCAAACUAGACAGGGAUUUGAUGAACUUGAUUCUUGAGAAAGGACAUAGCAGAGUUCCAGUUUACUAUGAGCAGCCAACUAACAUCAUCGGCCUUGUUCUGGUAAAGAACUUACUGACUAUCAAUCCAGAUGAUGAAACACCUGUCAAGAGUGUCACAAUAAGAAGGAUUCCGAGAGUACCAGAAACCUUGCCUUUAUAUGACAUAUUGAAUGAGUUCCAGAAAGGACUCAGCCAUAUGGCUGUUGUGGUGAGGCAGUGCGAUAAAAUCCACCCACUGCCUUGUAAAGAUGCUAAAGACGAGAGGGUUAAGGAAGUACAAGUGAAUGUUGAUGGUGAAGGAACUCCUCAAGAGAGAAUGCUAAGGACAAAGAGAUCGCUUCAGAAGUGGAAGAGCUUUCCAAACCGAGCAAGUUCGUUCAAGAGAAGUAAGACCAAGAAGUGGUCAAAGGACAAUGACGCAGACAUCUUGCAUUUAAAUGGCAAUCCGCUGCCUAAACUAGCCGAGGAAGAAGAAGCUGUUGGUAUCAUUACAAUGGAAGAUGUUAUUGAGGAACUUCUGCAGGAGGAGAUCUUCGACGAAACGGAUCACCAUUUUGAAGACUUGUGACAGUGAAUGACCACUGAUAAUGAAUGGUCAUGUCCUUGUUUUCAGCCUGAGUACUCUGUUACUUGUCAUGCGGCUGUAUCAAUGUAGGAACUAAAAAUGUUUGUAAUCGCGGUUUUAGAAAGUAAUACAAUGGUUUUAUGUUAUCA